AUGAAGUUCAACAUUGAGUACGGUCUCUCUCUCAUUACCUUUGGAGGGUUCAAUUACUUACACGACUUAGCGAUCUACCUGUGCUAUUUCCUUACCCUAGGAUAUAUCCAGAACAAUAUGCAAACUCUGGAUGCAGGAGGUCACUGUGUGCUAGAAAUGCCUUCGGGCACAGGCAAAACGGUGUCUCUACUGUCUCUCAUUGUCGCAUACCAGCAAUACAUGCCCGAGAAGCGAAAGUUGAUCUAUUGCUCCCGUACCAUGUCUGAGAUCGAGAAAGCUUUAGUCGAGUUGAAGUCUCUCAUGAAGUACCGUGCUGAGGAGCUUGGGUACGAAGAAGAAUUCCGUGGCCUCGGCCUGACAAGUCGAAAGAAUUUGUGCCUCCAUCCUUCUGUGAAGCGGGAAAAGAGUGGCGCCAUUGUCGAUGCCCGCUGCAGAAGCCUUACCGCCGGCUUUGUCAAGGAGAAAAAGGAACGUGGCGAAAACGUUGAUGUUUGCGUCUACCACGAUAACCUCGAUCUUCUAGAGCCUCACAAUCUCAUCCCCAACGGUGUCUGGUCUUUUGACGACAUCAUUCGAUAUGGCGAGGACCAUAAGCAGUGUCCAUAUUUCACUGCAAGGCGAAUGAUGCAAUAUUGCAAUGUUGUCAUCUUCUCUUACCAUUACCUCCUUGACCCCAAAAUUGCCGAAAGGGUGUCUAAGGAUUUUUCAAAGGACUGCAUUGUUGUAUUCGAUGAAGCUCACAACAUCGACAACGUAUGUAUCGAGUCUCUCAGUACAGACAUCACCGAAGACUCGUUGCGAAAAGCAACUCGGGGCGCCCAGAACCUGGAGAACAAGAUAUCACAGAUGCGCGACACAGAUCAGGAGCAACUUCAGAAUGAGUAUCAGAAGCUAGUACAGGGUUUACGUGAUGCUGAUGAGGCACGCCAAGAAGAUGCCUUCAUGGCAAACCCUGCGCUUCCUGAAGACUUGCUCAAGGAGGCUGUACCGGGAAACAUCAGGAGAGCAGAGCAUUUUAUUGCUUUCCUAAAACGAUUUAUCGAGUAUCUGAAAACAAGGAUGAAAGUCCGACAAGUCAUCUCUGAAACACCCCCUUCAUUCCUUGCUCACCUGAGAGAACACACCUUCAUCGAGAAGAAGCCACUGAGAUUUUGCGCUGAGCGAUUAACAUCAUUGGUUCGGACCCUCGAACUGACCAAUAUUGAGGACUAUCAACCUCUCCAAGAAGUCGCCACUUUCGCAACUUUGGUUGCUACCUACGAGAAGGGUUUCCUUCUCAUCCUGGAGCCUUUCGAAUCAGAUACUGCUGAAGUUCCAAACCCGGUUCUUCAUUUCACCUGUCUCGAUGCUGCCAUCGCUAUCAAGCCCGUGUUCGAUAGGUUCUACUCUGUCAUCAUCACCUCUGGUACCAUUUCUCCGCUAGAGAUUUAUCCCAAGAUGCUGGAUUUCUCAACAGUAAUCCAAGAGUCGUAUGCUAUGACCUUGGCUCGAAGAUCAUUUAUGCCUAUGAUUGUCACGAGAGGAAGCGACCAGGCUUCGGUAUCGACCAGUUUUCAAGUCCGAAACGAACCAAGUGUGGUCAGGAACUACGGCAAUCUGCUCACGGAAUUCGCCAAGAUCACGCCCGACGGUAUGGUUGUUUUCUUCCCCUCGUAUCUCUACAUGGAAUCGAUCAUCAGCAUGUGGCAAGGAAUGGGCGUGCUUGACGAGGUCUGGAAAUACAAGCUUAUCCUAGUGGAGACACCCGAUGCGCAAGAAACCUCGCUUGCCCUUGAAACGUACCGUACAGCGUGCUGUAAUGGCAGAGGCGCGGUGCUGCUUUGCGUCGCCCGAGGAAAGGUUUCUGAAGGAAUCGAUUUCGACCACCAAUAUGGCCGUACUGUGCUGUGUAUUGGAGUGCCGUUUCAGUACACCGAGUCACGUAUCCUUAAAGCAAGGCUUCAGUUCUUGAGAGAGACAUAUCGCAUCAAGGAAAACGAUUUCUUAUCUUUCGACGCAAUGCGGCAUGCUGCCCAGUGUCUUGGGCGAGUCCUGCGAGGGAAGGACGACUAUGGAAUUAUGGUUCUCGCCGACCGCCGUUUCCAGAAGAAGCGUACACAAUUGCCCAAGUGGAUUAACCAAGGCCUGCAAGAAUCGGACGUCAAUCUGAGUACCGAUAUGGCAGUCAGUAGCGCAAGACGGUUCCUUCGAACCAUGGCACAACCAUUUCGAGCUAAGGACCAAGAAGGUAUCAGCACAUGGGGAUACAAGGACUUGAUGGAACACAAGGAGAAGAUGGACUUGGAGAGAAUUAAAGAGCUCGAAGAGGAGGCGCAGCGACCACAGCCAGUUGCCCAACAAAACGAUUUCGAGUACGAUGAUGACGAGUUAGAUCAGGAUAUGAUGGAGAUGGACGGCUUCUAG